UUUUUAAAACAUGUUUUGUCAAAACACACACACACACAGAGAAUGAUUUGACGAUGUCAUAUUCAUCAGCAAUUAACCACAUUGCGAAUAAUCCCUUCCGCUCCAGGUCUUGUGGAGGAGAAAUUUUGCAGGAACAGCAGGAGUUCAAGAUCCAUCCAAUCGCUGUCUUCCUCUUUCCCUUUGCUGUGUCUCCAUAUCAUAUUCUCGCAACCGUUUCCUGGCUCGAUUUGGUCGCUUGCUUCCAAGUUCCUUCUUGCUCGGUUGCUCCUGUUUCUUGAAGAACUUCCUUUGGCUUCGGUUCUACCCCUCCCACCAAAUUCCCAAUCCAAGAGCUCCAAAGUCGAAUCUUUCUCCUGAGGAUCCGCUGCCCCGCCGUCUCCAUUCCUGGUUCCCGCCGGCGUUUCUUUUUUCAAGGGGGUCUGAGUAGGAGCCGUGAUGCGGCCGGGGUCCGGAGACGCGCGGCAGCCAGCGCCGGCGCCGUGGGCUUACGCGCUGUACCACUUCGGCACCAGCGGCGCCGCCGUCGCCGCCGCUACCGCCGUCACCCACCCUCUCGAGAUAUUUGACAACUGGUACCUGGACCAAUACUUGAGGACACAGAUCUAAUUAACUUGUGUAACAAUCAACUGUUCAUUGCUAUGCUGCCUAUUUGAUGUUAUCAAAGUUAGGCUUCAAAUGCAGCUCGCUGGGCAAAGAGGAAACUUAGUCGGAAUGGGGACAAUAUUUACACAACUGGUGGAAAGGGAAGGGCCUCGAUCACUCUACCUGGGACUUGCACCAGCAUUGACGAGAUCUGUUGUCUAUGGUGGCCUUCGAUUAGGACUGUAUGAGCCCUGCAAACAUGUCUGCAGUUAUGCAUUUGCAUCAACAAACUUUGCUUUUAAAUUUGCAUCUGGAGUCAUUGCUGGGGCCCUUGCAACUGCUUUAACAAAUCCCAUGGAGGUUUUAAAGGUGAGGUUGCAGAUGAGUACAAGCAAUACCAGUGCAAUAGGAGAGAUGAGGAAAAUUUUAGCACAGGAAGGGCUGAAAGCACUCUGGAAAGGAGUUGGCCCAGCAAUGGCACGAGCAGGCUGCCUCACCGCAUCACAAAUGGCAACCUAUGACGAGGCCAAGCAGGCCUUAAUGAAGUGGACGCCACUCGAAGAAGGUUUUCAUUUACAUCUCAUCUCGAGUUGCAUAGCUGGAACAGCUGGUACUCUUGUGACCACACCUGUAGACAUGAUCAAAACACGGCUAAUGCUGCAACGGGAGUCCAAAGGUGUUAGAGUAUACAGGAAUGGGUUCCAUUGUGCUUACCAGGUUGUGGUCACAGAGGGCGUAAAAUCACUUUAUAAAGGUGGAUUUGCCACCUUUGCAAGAUUAGGCCCUCAGACAACAAUCACCUUCAUCGUGUGUGAGAAACUGCGUGAACUUGCAGGAAUGACUGCUAUCUAAUACCGCCUAAAAUUGCAAAUGUUUUAGUCCAACUUUUGGAUAGCAUACUCAUCCACCGAGAUUUCAAAACAUUUUUCAUUCAUUAUUCAUUACUGAGAAGAUAAGCACCCCAUGGGGAUGUUACAGGAUUUGGAAGCCCAAACUCCUUCCAGAUUUGUCAUACUUCAUUCCAAAUUUUGAAAGGGUGUGAAUUGUACUUAAA